CAUGCCCAUUACUGUUUUUAAGGGGGUACUGGAUCUGGAGGUUAAGAUUGUUAUUGUUAGGACGUGGUGUAUCUCGUGUUUGCGCAAGAAGACGGAGGUAAAACCUUGUGAAAAUGGAGAUCACGGCUUUGUCACGGGGAUGGUGACCGCUAGAGGACAAGAUAUGACUGUGUGGCUUUUACAAGGCGAUCGUCUGAACAUGACGAAUGAGAGAUGAAAGCCAUGAAGCCCUCGAGGAAUGUAAUGCUCCUACUCUGUCCCAUGCUGGUGCUCGGCUUCCUCUACUAUUCAUCUGGGAAACUGCACCUGCGCAGCCUGGGCCAAAGACCACAGGUGGACAAGGACAUCUCGUUCUGGGACAUGGGACGGUUAGUAGUGUAUGACAAGCAGGGAUUCCUCAUUAAGCCUGAUGGAAAGCUGCCGCUGGAGUUACAGUACAAGUAUGGAAAUUUGAGUAAAGGAGAAUGUAAGCCUGGUUUUUCGGAGUUCAAGAUGAUCUCACUCUAUCCAAAGUUUGUGAAACCAGCCCCCAUGUUCCUUGACCUGAAUUUUAAACGCAUGUCGAAGAUCAGCAACUACCCCCCACCUUUCGGGAUAAAAACACAAGAAAAUAUGAUCACGGUUAUUUUAGAUGAAACAAAAAACUACGGGCUUGGAGAUGAACUUGACAGAUUGAGCUGUAAGAGGUGCAUCAUCGUUGGCAAUGGGGGGAUCCUUUUUAACAAGUCUCUAGGCUCUAAAAUUGAUGAAUACGAUGUGGUCGUAAGACUGAACGAGGCUCCAGUAAAAGGCUACGAGAAGGACGUGGGAACUAAGACCACCAUGCGCAUCACAUAUCCAGAAGGAGCCAUUCAGAAACCCGAUCUUUACGAGAAGAGCUCUCUCUUCGUUUUUUCUGCCUUCAAACCACCGGACCUCAAAUGGCUCAAGCACAUAGUGUUCAAGGAGAAAGUGCCAGUAAAACGGCGUGGGACAGAUGGAUUCUGGAAGUCAGUGGCGCGUGUCGUGCCCAGAAAUGCAGCAGAAGUGAGGAUACUGAACCCGUAUUUUAUUCAGGAGGCAGCGUUUCAGUUCAUCGGUCUGCCACGCAACAAUGGCCACAUGGGUCGAGGGAAUAUUCCGACAUUGGGGACAGUAGCGAUCACGAUGGCACUGCAUAACUGUGAUGAGGUGGCAGUGGCUGGAUUCGGCUACGACCUGAACAACCCUCAUUCACCGCUGCAUUACUACGAGAAGCUCAAGAUGUCUGCUAUCAAAGAUUCAUGGACACACAACAUAUCAAAAGAAAAGGAGUUUUUGCAGAAGUUGGUGGCUGCUGGUGUGAUUCAGGAUUUGACCAAUGGGAUUUAAAAGUCUCUUGCACACCUGCACAAAAAUGGAAAUGCCUUUACUGACUUACUUCUACCUAGCACCUGAGUGUGCGGAACUCACGUAUUCGCUCAGCGGAUAUUUCAGCACGGAUACUGACAGUCCAGCCACUGCAACUCUUGAGGCUACAGUCAACACACUAGUAUGUAAGACACAAAAAGACUUACUUUUACUAUAUCAAUCUUUCAGAAUCUCCCGGUUUUAUACAUACAUAUAUAUAUAUAUAUAUAUAUAUAUAUAUAUAUAUAUAUAUAUAUAUAUAUAUAAUAUGCAUAUAAUUAUCAUAAUUUUCUUCUUUUUUUUUAAUGCAAAAUGAUUGUCAUUGUUUUUAAUGAGUUUUUCCACUUAUUAGUAGCUGUGUUAAGCAAUGAUGGCUGCAGGGACCACAAAACAACUUUAAUACAGCAGUAAAACAGAAGGUUAUGCAUACUACAAAAAAAAGGUCCUAUAUCCUAUAUAUAGUAUUUUAUCUACAUAAACAGAAACUCGUUUUCAACAUUUGUGCUAAAAAGUGUUACAUUUUCUGGUGAAAUAGAUUACAAGGAUUUAAAGAAAAGUCAAUAGCGAAUGUUAAUUUGUAAUUGUUAUUGAUGACUAGACUAGGUACAGAAAUAGCAAAUAGAUUACCAAGUUGGAAUGGGUGGGGCCAACAUGCUGUAGACUGAAUGGGUGGAGGCUGACCAACUGUAAAUGGUGAGUAUAUUUAAACAAAUCUUCGGUUGGAAAGAUAAACAGGCAGUUUAGUUUCUAGAAAUCAGUUGUAUGGACUGUGGUAAGAGUGUUGAAACUUGAAUUAUAUUGUCCUCUUUUACAUUAAGUGAUUUUCAGUUUGUUGUAUAGGGCCACUUCAGUUACACACUAAAACAUUUUAAAACUUCUUUAGAAAACAUGCACUUUGUUAUGUGGUGGGUUAAGCUCAUUAAAUAGUGUAAAUACAAAACAAGGUUACACAAAAACCUGCAUAGUACUGAUUGAAAUGGGGUUGUUGUAGUAGAGAAACACAACAGAUUCUGUUCACACUUAACCGUCCCUGCAGCCAUCCAUAUGUGUACACAAGAGGGUGUCUGUGUUUUUUAUUUUUUAUUACCAUUAAUUUAUGGAUGCAAUGUUUAAGUUGGAUUCUUUGAUUCACACUGUCAUGUGUUGUACUUCCAUCCAAUACGGAGCUUUAAUGGUGUUCACCUCAAUAUCGGGCUGCUUUCUUUGCAGUCUUAAGUGUUACAGCGCAGAUGAUCAGGACUUUUUUUCCCUUAGUGUACUUUGCUAUGCUCUAGCAGGAUUAACUGGGAUUGUGUUACAGAGUGGAAAUCACUGCAUUUCUCUCACUUCAGCCUGUGAUUCUGUCUGGUGCAGUAUAUGGAAAAAUUACAAUAAAAGUAUUAAGAAUUUGUUA